AUGGGGCUGCUGGCGUUGCAGCGGCUCAUGUCCCUACAGCGCGACCGGCAGCGGCAUCAACGGCGAACCCGAGCCCUGAGCGGAUCGAUUGAUUCAUCAAUGGAUAUAAGAAAGGGCUCACCCUGUCAACAAGAUGCUCAUGGUGAUUCUCACGCCGCCAAAAGAAUGAUUUGUUCAAUCCCAACCCUUCCCGAGGACAUUUUGCACCAUAUAUAUUCCCUGUUGCCACUGCGUGAUGCUGCCCGUGCUGCUUGCUCGUCUCAUGCCUUUCUACGUUUCUGGAGAUGUCAUCCCAAUCUAACCUUAAACUGGCAUAUCCUUUGCUCAAAUGCAAAUGCAUCUCAAGAGAAUUUCAUCUGCAUAAUUGACAACAUCCUGAGGAACCACUCAGGCAUCAACAUUAAGAUACUCAAGCUUCAGUUAUAUGGCAUUUAUGAUGCCUACCAGUAUCUGGACAGUUGGCUUCAGGUUGCUGUUAAACCUGGGAUUGAAGAACUCACCAUUGAGCUAUGUUAUAGAGUUGACAUGAAGCAUAAUGUCCCAUGCACACUUUUAACUGAUGGUGUCCAAAACUCAGUCCGGUAUCUUCAACUUUCCUUCUGCGCCUUCCAUCCCACACCUGAACUUGGCCCCUUCAGAAACCUAAAAAGUCUGCUCCUGCGUUCUGUGCAUAUUUUGGAUAAUGAGUUAGAGGGCUUUCUUUCCAACUCCCAUGCUCUGGAGAAGUUAGACCUCAAUAGUUGCGAGAAGAUAACGUGCCUGAAGAUACCUAGCAUCCUGCUGCAGCUCCAUAGCCUGAAGGUUUCUUGUUGCCUGAAGCUGCGAGUGAUAGAGAGCAAAGCUCGAAAUCUCUCCUGUUUUAUCCUUGAAGGACAGAGUGUAAAAGUCUCCCUUGGAGAAACACUGCAAAUGAAGAACCUGUGCAUGGGCCGUUCCAACCUCGUCUGUUACGCCCGUGUUAAAUUGUCAUCCAGUAUGCCAAACCUCAAGACUCUUUCCAUCAGCUCACAUUAUGAGAGGGUUAAUACACCAAUGCUUCGUACCAAAUUCCUAUUCCUUAAGUGGCUGUCUAUUUAUCUGAGAUUGACCUCUUGCCCAUCCUAUGACUAUUUUUCUCUGGUUUCUUUCCUUGACGCUUCUCCCUCCUUGGAGACUUGGUUGUUGGAUGUAGCUGAAGAAAGUAUGCAGCAUGAAUCAAUUUUCGGAGGCGGCUCCUUGCAGUUGAGGCAGAUGCCUAUGCAGCACCAUGGCCGCCUUAAGACUGUGAGGUUCAAAGGCUUCAACUCAGCCAAGAGCUUGGUUGAGCUAACGUGUUAUAUUCUCAGGAACGCAAAGUCAUUUGGCCGGCUCACACUGGAUACCACUUAUGGUGAUCCUAAGUGUGAUAGCGCAAUGUCCGGUGGCAGGUGCACUCCCAUGAGUAAAGAUUUCUCAUGGAAGCACGUAGAGGGGUUUCGGCAAUUAGAACGUAUAUUGAAGAUAAGGUUCCUUCUACUGUUAGGCUGA